AUGAAGUACUUUCUAGUGAUAUUAGCAGUAUUGGCAAGAUAUAAUGUGAAAGCUAUUAUUGAGUUUGAUAACUCAAUACCAGGUUAGUAUUUUUUUUCAAAAGCUUCCUCUUGGUGCUUAUCUUUUGAUGUUUUUUAGAUCAACCCCAAAUUCAUUGUUCGAAUGGAGAAUUACAUCUGAAUGUAACAACUGAAAAAGGAACUGCACCAUCUCAUGUUUUUGUCAAAGGUCAUUUCAAAAAGGUAUGAUUUUCUUCAAUAAUAAAGGGUUUCACCGGUUUUUUUUCUAGGAAGGAUGUUCAUUUUCGAAUUCGCCCAAUGCCACAUUCGAAUUCAAUAAAUGUGAUGUAUCAAGGCAACGUGAGGUUUGUAUCAUUAAAAAAAGAAAAUUCUUUAAAAAAACAUUCCAAACUUUUUUCAGGUUAGCCCAAAAGGAAUGGCAUAUACUUUGACUGUUGUUGUACAACUACAUCCAUUAUUUACAACAAAAGUGGAUCGAGCAUAUCGUGUUCGAUGUUUUUAUAAAGAAACUGAGAAGGCUGUGGGAGCUGAAGUAUCAGUCAGUGAUCCAACACCAACACUUUUAGCCAAAGAAUCUGAUCAGCCAACAUGUUUAUAUACAAUUCAUAAAGGAUCGCCGAAUGGGCCUUUGGCGAAAUUUGCACAAGUUGGAGAUGUUUUAUAUCAUGUUUGGGAAUGUCCAAGCGAUGUAAGAAAUAAUAUAAGAUGAUUUUUGCGUUGAGCAAGCGGUUCUAGCUAAGAUCAAAUCCGAAUAAAAAAAAACCCUAUAUUAUUUUUGCAGACCUAUGAGAUGUUUGUUCAUGAUUGUUAUGUGGUUGAUGGUGAAGCCAGCAAUAACCGAAAAGUAAUUGAUACUCAAGGAUGUUCAGAAGAUGUUUAUAUCAUGCCUCAUAUUAUUUAUAACGAUAACCGAACAAAAGCGUUUGUGGUAUGUUAGAAAGAUCAAAUGAAAGCCCCAUUCUCGCAUUUUUUCAGAAUUCAAAUGCAUUCAAUUUCCCUGAUCAGAACAGUGUUCGAUUCAACUGUCAGAUUCAAAUUUGUCCAUCGAUCAGUGGGGAUUGUUAUAAACCUAAUUGUAAUGCUGCUCCAUCGUCGCCUGUUGAAGAUGCUGAACCACUUGGAAAUGAAUUAGCAAGAGAUGAAUUGAUUACUCAAACAACAUCCACAACACCAUCUUCUACAACAUCUACAACAACACAGGCAACUUCAACAACGACACAAAGAAUGGUUAUUGAUCCAACAACUACAGUAACUUUGCCAACUGAUUUCCCAACACCGGAUCCAGUUUUUCGAUUGUUGAAAAAUAUUAAGAACUUGAACUUGACUGGAAAUAAUGUAGAUGAUUUUGCUGAUGAAGGAUCGGGAUUAGAGAUAAGUUCGACAGAUGAAACAAGAACUACUUCAAAGAGGGAAAUUCGACGAAGAGAUGCGAUUGAUGUUGAUAUUUCAUCACCCGAGUUGAUGAUUGUGGAUAAAGAAUUUGGUAGGUUUUGAGGCAUUUCAGUUGUUUGAUAGAAAAAAAAACAUUUUUUUCAGCAUCAGAACUUCCUUCGCCUCAAGAACAACAAGGUCUUAUUCUUCCACAAGCAGCCUCAUCUUCUACAUUUUCCGAAUCAUCUCGAUCAGUUUGCCUUCCAUUUUUCAUGAUCUGGAUUCUUGGUGGUGUUAUAAUCUUUGCAAUUUCUCUCACAUUCUCAGCCCUCAUUUAUUCAUUCCGGAAAAAUCCAAGAUUCCAAGUAUUGGCCUAA